AUGCCCGAGGCGCAACGUCUUCAUUACGCCGUGAUGUUAUUUGACCCUCCCGCAGCAGAAUGGGUAUUUAAUUACUGCGCGAAUACGAAUUUCGUCACUUGGCAGGAUUUUCUGGAGGACGCGAGACAUCGUUUCAAUAGGCAAAGCUUUAAGAAUUAUUUUGGUCUAAUCGCUAAACUGACCCAAACAGGCACAGUACUAGAGUAUCACGACACUUUUGAGAAGUACCUCAACAGGGUCCGAGGAAUCCCAGAGUCAGAACUAUUUACUCUUUUCGUGGCCGGCCUAAAACCAGACAUGCAGGAACGUCUCCGGCUGCACCGGCCGUCAUCGUUGGCGGAGGCAAUGGCCCUAUCACUGGAAUUAGCAGACUUGGAGGCCGAACGUAAACAGCAGUCGAGCCACAUCUCGUCCACCACCCGACGUUCAUGGCAGGGCCGCGAGACCCGCCAGCAAUCGAGCUACACACCGCCACAACCGACAUCGGGGACAGCACAGCCCGCAGACCAAAUAGCACGCACCCCAGAGCAACAACGGCUACCUAGAAUUCGGGUCUCUCAAGCUGAGAAAUCUGAACGGUCCAGAUUGGGUCUGUGCUGGCAUUGUUCGGAGAAGUGGGUGAUUGGACAUGUUUGUAAACAGCGCAUUCUCUACUAUGCCGAUGAGGAGGACGACUUUGAUGAGACGAAGUUGGAGAAUUACAAACACAAAGAACCUAUAGUGGCGGACGUUUCUCAUAUUCACAGAAUGGACGGGGGACGCAGAUCUCGCCCUCUGAAGGUCGUAGGGGUGAUCCAAAACCACGAGGUCUGCAUUCUCAUUGAUACGGGUAGCGACCAAGAUUUUAUGCACCCCAACAUCGCCGAAAAACUCCACUUACCCCUUUCUGAAAUUCAACCUUUCCGCGUUUAUGUGGGGAAUGGAGAGGCUUUAUUAUGCACACACGUGUCGAAGCAAACGAAGAUUGAGGUGCAAGGGUCGAUUUUCAUGGUAGACUUACACAUCCUACCGGUCCACAGUCCGGAUGUGAUUUUGGGAAUGGACUGGCUCGAGUCUUUGGGUAAGGUCACCGCUGAUUUCGCAGGAAAGACUCUAGAGUUCGUCCAGGGGGAUAAGGCAAUAACACUUAAAGGUCUCUUACCCCCACCGAGACGGAUCAAUCUACACUCUUUGGCGGCCCUCGAUACGGACCACCAUAUAUUGGAAUGUUACGAGAUUAUGUUGCUAGAAGCAGAACCAGAGUCAACCCCGUUCCCGGGGAAGGAGGAUUUUCCCGCGACCCUCUCGCCGUACAUGAGGUCGGUCUUGGAGAAAUUCCAACCGGUAUUUGACCCACCGUCAGAAAAAGCGAGAUCGAACAGCAGGUCAAAGACAUGUUGGAUCAGGGGAUUAUUCAGCGGAGCAACAGCCCUUUCUCCUCACCAGUCCUGCUUAUUAGAAAAAAAAGAUGGCACGUUCCGUUUCUGCAUAGACUAUCGGGAGUUGAACAAUGCGACAGUGCCGGAUCAUUUUCCGAUACCUACGGCGGAUGAGCUUUUUGAUGAAUUAGGCAAAGCUCGGGUUUUCACUAAGUUGGAUCUGCGUUCGGGUUAUCAUCAAAUCCGGAUGAACGAGCAGGAUGUGUUCAAGACAGCUUUUCGUACCCAUGACGACCAUUACGAGUUUUUGGUCAUGCCAUUCGGCCUGACGAACGCGCCGUCGACUUUCCAGGCCGUUAUGAACUCGAUCAUUCAACCUUUACUACGAAAGUUCGUUAUAGUGUUUUUUGAUGAUAUUCUGGUGUAUAGUCCCUCGCCAGAAACACACGCCCAGCACUUGGCCGAGGUUUUGGGCAUCCUGCAAGAGCACAGUUUCUUCGUGAAGUUGUCCAAGUGCUCUUUUGGUAGAUCUACGGUUGAGUACCUCGGCCAUCUAAUCGGUGACGGUUUGCUCAAAGCAGACCCAACAAAAAUCUAG